AUGUCCACUCACAGGAAAGGAGCUUCGAAUGCAAGAUGUGUGGAAAGACAUUUAAGCGCUCCUCUACCUUGUCUACCCAUUUGCUCAUCCACUCCGACACACGGCCCUACCCCUGUCAGUUCUGUGGAAAGCGUUUCCAUCAAAAGUCUGACAUGA